AUGGCCACCAAAGACACCUUGUUCCGGUCGGCGAACAUGUCGCUGACGCAGUUCUACAUCUCCAACGAGAUCGGUCGCGAAGUCGUAUCCUCUCUCGGAGAACUUGGUAUUGUCCAGUUCCGUGACCUCAAUGCCGACACCACCGCAUUUCAACGUACCUUUACAAAGGAAAUUCGCCGCUUGGACAAUGUCGAGCGUCAACUUCGGUACUUCAGAAGUCAGAUGGAGAAAGAGGGUAUCGAGAUGCGAAGCCGUUUUGACUUUGAUGACGAUAUGCUGUCCGCUCCGCAGGCAAACGAGAUCGACGAGCUUGCCGAGCGGGCUCAGCAGCUCGAGGGCCGUGUCAGCAGUUUGAACGAGAGUUACGAGACGCUAAAGAAGCGUGAGACUGAGUUGACAGAGUGGCGCUGGGUCUUGAAAGAGGCAGGUGGUUUCUUCGACCGGGCUCAUGGCCAGACAGACGAAAUCCGACAAAGCAUCGAUGAUGACGAUGCUCCUCUGCUGCGGAACGCCGAAGCCGAGGAAGGCCAUGGCAUGAAUGGCGAUGCCGACCGUCAGCAGCAGUCCUUUGCUGUCAUGAACAUCGGUUUCGUCUCUGGUGUCAUUCCUCGAGAAAGACUGCCUGCCUUCGAGAGAAUUCUGUGGCGCACUCUUCGUGGCAACUUGUACAUGAACCAGUCCGAAAUCCCAGAGGUUCUCAUCAACCCCGAGAACAAUGAGGAGGUCAGAAAGAACGUCUUCGUCAUCUUCGCUCACGGCAAAGAGAUCAUCGCCAAGAUCAGAAAGAUCUCCGAGUCGCUAGGUGCCGAUUUGUACAGUGUCGAUGAAAACAGUGACCUUCGUCGCGAUCAGAUUCACGAAGUCAAUACCCGCCUUAGUGAUCUUGCCAGUGUUCUGCGAAACACCAAAAACACUCUCGAUGCGGAGCUGAACGCUAUUGCCCGGUCGCUUGCCGCUUGGCUCAUCGUUAUCAAGAAAGAAAAGGCGGUAUAUGAUACUCUCAAUCGUUUCUCCUACGACAAUGCGCGCAAGACCCUCAUUGCCGAGGCAUGGGUUCCUACAAACUCGCUUCCCCAGAUUCGCGCAACUCUUCAGGAUGUCAAUGAUCGUGCCGGCCUUUCGGUUCCCACCAUUGUUAAUCAGAUCCAGACCAACAAGACGCCUCCUACUUACAACAAGACAAACAAAUUCACCGAAGGCUUCCAGACCAUCAUCGAUGCUUACGGCACGGCGAAAUACCAGGAAGUCAAUCCUGGUCUGUACACUAUCGUCACCUUCCCCUUUUUAUUUGCUGUCAUGUUCGGCGAUUUUGGCCAUGGUACGCUCAUGGCCCUGGCUGCUUCUGCUAUGAUCUACUGGGAACGACCUCUCUCUCGCUCCAAGCAGGACGAAUUAUUCGCCAUGGCAUUCUACGGACGCUACAUCAUGCUCAUGAUGGGCAUAUUUUCUAUGUUUACCGGUCUUGUCUAUAACGAUGUCUUCUCCAAGUCCUUCACGCCUUUCGAGUCGGCCUGGGAGUUCCCUGAAGAGGGCCGUCCAAAUGUCAAUGGCCACCUCAAAGGCUCCUAUCGAUACCCCUUCGGCGUCGAUUGGGCAUGGCAUGGGUCUGAGAAUGAUCUCCUUUUCAGCAACAGCAUGAAGAUGAAACUGUCCAUCCUCAUGGGUUGGGCGCACAUGACCUUCGCGUUAUGCUUCUCAGCCGUCAAUGCCCGCCACUUCAAGUCACCGAUCGAUCUUUGGGGCAACUUUAUCCCUGGCAUGAUCUUCUUCCAAGCUAUCUUUGGCUAUCUUGCCUUCUGUAUCGUCUACAAAUUCUCGAUCGACUGGCAAGCCGCUGGUCGCAACCCGCCAUCUCUUCUCAACAUGCUCAUUCAGAUGUUCCUAUCCCCUGGCAACGUCGCCCCUGGCGAACAACUCUACUCCGGUCAAGCUGGUCUACAAACUUUCCUUGUUCUCAUCGCGGUGGUUCAGGUGCCGAUCAUGCUUUUCCUCAAGCCGUAUUAUCUGAAGUGGCAACACCAGCGUACUACUGCACAAGGGUACCGCGGUAUAGGGGACACUAGUGAUGUCACUCAUGCCCUUGAUGAUGACGAGGAACCACGCAAUCGCGACCAACAAACCAAUGGUCGGCCAUCCCAGGACUCGGAUGAGGGGGCCAUGAUAACGGAGAAUAUUCAAGGCGAGGAACACGAAGAGUUCGAGUUCUCCGAAGAGAUGAUUCACCAAGUUAUCCACACCAUCGAGUUUUGUCUCAACUGCGUCUCUCACACGGCGUCUUACCUUCGGCUUUGGGCUUUGUCACUCGCUCAUCAGCAGCUUUCGGUCGUGCUCUGGAACAUGACUCUGUCCAAUGCCUUCACCGCCUCACCAGGCGUGGGGCAGGUAAUCAUGAUAGUUGUGACCUUCUGGUUCUGGUUCUGCCUCACCAUCGCCGUGCUGUGUGUCAUGGAGGGCACCAGUGCCAUGCUGCACUCUCUGAGAUUGCAUUGGGUCGAGGCUAUGAGUAAGCAUUUCAUUGGCGACGGCGUCACAUUUGAGCCAUUCAGCUUCAAGAUUCUGCUGGAGGAAGACCCUGUCGAGUAA